UCACUAUUGACAUAUUUCAAACGUAAUGCAUUUGCGGAAUAAUAAUUAAUGAACUCGCCCUGAGUUUAUGUACAUGCUUUAUUUUAUUUUACGGGUUGCAGUGAUAAGUUUAGCUUAAGGUAGCUUUUAGAGGCAUCUCUGGAGACAGAGGCAGAAGAGCUGAGAGUGACAGCUUUGGGGAUGUUACGUCGUCCCAAGCCCACAGACUCAGAGUCUGACCUGCUUAAGGAGCAGGAGCGCUUUUUAGCCUCUAAGAGCACACCUUCGGCCAAUGUGACACGCAGGGCAGAUAAGCGCAGAGGUGACAACGCUUCAGCAGAAAGUGAUGAGUCUUGUGUGAAUCCAAGAGAUGUUGUGACCAUAGCAGACCUUCCUGAUGAGCUUCCUGCGCUGACUCCUGCACCGGCCAAGAAAUCAUGUUCCAAAAAGGAGCGUGUGCGUUUUGAGAAUGAAGAUCCGGAGGAGCUGCUAGACAGACAUGACACUCACAUCAGUGCUGUCCUCUCAAGGAUUGUUGAGAGAGACACUAGUGCUGUGCCAGUGUUACUCCCAGACUUUACAAGUACAGCUUUCCCUAAAGUCCUUCAUCGCUCUACAGUCAAGCAGGGAGCAGCUCCUGGAGGUCGGAAAAGUAUUUUUGCACGUCAUAUUGCUGCACAAAAAGCUAAAGCGGGAUGUGAAGAGAAGAAUGAGUCAAAGGUCAGCAAGACACAGGCUUCUGAAUCCAGACCUACUCAAGGCACUGCGGUUCCCUUGCUGGUGUCAGGUCAGGGUCUUGGACCAGACAGAGCUGUGGAAACACUAAAGAUACACCAGGAGAACCAAGCCCGGCUACAAGCAAUGUCUCAGAGUGAGAUUCUGGAGGAGCAGAAAUUGUUGUUGGCGCAGCUAGAUCCAAGACUCGUGGAUUUUGUAAAGUCACGGAAAGCUCAGAAUGUCUCAUCUUCUGCUUCCUCAUCUACUGAGAAUUCAGGGAGUCCUGACCAGUCUUUACCUAAGAACAAAGCUCAAAUACUUUCCCACUCAGAAGCAAAACCGGACUCUCAGGAGGUUUCAAUGGAUACUGACGAAGAGGAUGAAACUGAAUCUAAUCAUCCAAUCACCGUGGAGGAGCUACCAGUCAAGCCUGAGAAAGAGUGGCUACACAUGGACAAACUGGAACCGGAGAAACUGGAGUGGAUGAGGGAUUUGCCUGCUCCUCGGAAACAGAGCACCAAAAAGGCCAUGCAGGCACGAUUUGACUUUUCUGGCAACCUUCUGCCCCCCACAUCGGACUUACCCACUCAUCUCGGCCUGCAUCAUCAUGGUGAGGAACCAGAGUUGGCAGGCUACUCGCUCCAGGAGCUUUUUCUGCUCUCACGCAGUCAGCUGACCCAGCAGAGAAGCCUGGCUCUGAACACUUUGGCCCACAUCCUGUCAAAGGCUCGUGCGGGUGAAUACUCAUCAUGCAUGAAAAGUAAUGUGCUGGCUUCCUUGCUUGAUGCUGGACUUCUUUUUCUGUUACGGUUUUCUCUGGACGACAGUGUGGAGGGUGUAAUUUCUGCGGCAGUGCGUGGUUUACGAGCAUUGCUAGUUUCCAAUGAAGAUGAGGAGAAUCUGGACAACAUGUUUCCCUGGUUGCUAGGGACGGCAGCGUUCCCAUUGGUUCCCCAGCUUCACACGGAAAAAAAUAAUGACGAUGAUGAAGGUCUAAAUGAUUCUACAAAGGAAACAGAGAAAGAGAAAGAAGAGAGAAAAUUAGAUCACGAUGUCAGUCAACAGGAUGUUAUCAAGGGUUUGCUAAAGAUGCAGCUUCUGCAGCGGUUGCGAUACAUUCUUGAGAUGGUAAGGCCUUCACCUGAGACGGUACUAGAUAUUCUGGAGGUUUUGAUCCGAAUCGCUCGCCACUCAACCUCUGCAGCCACACAGAUCCUUGAUUGUCCCCGGCUAAUGGAAACUGUGAUAUUCGAUUUCCUGCCUUGCUCAUGGACCCCCCUGACCUCAUCAACCUCUCAUUCUUUAUAUGGACUGCCUGUUUCCAGAGCACUGAAGCUCCUGCGUGUGUUGGCAGGCACUGGCAGGCACGUCUGUGCGAGAAUUCUUAACAAUUUAGGUGGAAAGGAUCGUCUGUCUCGGUUCUUGUCAGUGGAACCUUCAGAACUUUUGCUGGAGCGUGAGGAGAAUAUCCGCUGUAGCACAGAGGCACUGAGGCUCUGGGCUGUGGCUGCAAGCUACGGUCAGGCCUGUAACCUGUACAAAGACUUGUACCCAGUGCUGGUAAAGGCUCUGCAGGCUGCACAUAAGCCCAGUGCGCCUUCUGAGUCGCUGCUGGUCCUGGAAAUGGAGAGAGUAAAGUCCCUGCUAGUGUUGCUCACUCAGGUCACACACACUGCUGGCUGCCACCAGGAGUUACGAAGUGGAUUGCUGAGCUCUCAGGGGGCUGAGUGUCUGCCCCCACCCCCAGUGACGUGGAGCCACGUGUCCGGCUUGCAACCCACGCUGACUGGCAUCCUGAAAGGCUGCGUGAGAAAGUUGGAUGACCCAAGUCAAAGGUCGAGCACCCUCAGCUUACUGCCGUCGUACCUGAUUUACUUGGGAGCAUAUUACUCUCAGUUCAGUGUUCAGGCUUCGUUCCAGCCGGUGCAGUGCCUUCAGGAACUAGAGGUCCUGACUACAGAGGUGCUCCUUCCUCUCGUAUCAAGUCAGGUCUUUCACAGCAUGAUGGCCAGCCUCGGGUCAAGCUCCAUAAUAUGUAAGGCUGGUUCGAGCACUUCACUCGCAGAGGUCGUUCCCAGUCUGCCAUGCUUGUGCAGCUUCAGGUUUAAGAUGACCAGCCUGUUGGGGCCUGAAUCCCCUUUCUCUCUCUGUACUGCUGUCUUCUAUGUACUGGACAUCAUCGUGACCAUUCACCGCGGCUUAACCAAGAGGUUCAGCUCCGUCAUCCUCUUGGACUCCGUGCUGGCUUACCUGCAGUCCUGUGUUGGAGCGACGCCCUCAGUGUCUCAUGCCACCGCCUGGAUUUUACGCCACGAACACCACUUGCUCUAUCUGAUACUCCGGCUGGCUCACAGAUUGGUUCCCGCUGAACCCGAGGUGAAGAAGCACGCUUCCCUGUUUCACCAAGUUGCCUUGGCUCUGCUCUCCUGGCUGUUGCCUGGAAGUGAAUAUCUUGCACACGAACUAGCGUCUACUAUGAUCUUCAAUCAGGAGCUCUUUCCUGAGGCUGGUAGUGGGGGUCCAGAAGCUGUGGCCCUGGCAGAACUUCAGCUUCAGGAGACAUCCUCUCAUUCACCCAGCCCUGUUCCACUACUUCGCGACUCCCUGACUCAGCUUCCUUCAAUCCGUGCCUGCUACCUCACCCACCUUGCGUACCUGGAACCCGCUGUGAUCACCUCCCGCGAGCGGCACCUCGGCCGUAACCCCUGGCUUUCUUCUCAGCUCCUCCCUGAACUCUCAGGCCCCUCUCUGCCUUCUGAUUGGGCCUUCCUGCCUCUCAUCAGCCUGUAUGAGCGAAUAGGAGUGUCACAGGGUGGCGGGCUACGGGCCGAGUCGCUACCUGCUGGCUCUGUACAGUCGCUUGUGCAUUGCCUUCAGUGGCUCCUUGUGCUUGAAAGUUUCAGGAAACAGGCACUAAAGUUGGUGCCACCUGUGGCCAAACUGGCACGUCUGCUCUGUGUCUUUCUCUGCUCCAGUGAUAUCUUUCUGGAGAAACCAGUGAAGGAGCUGACAUGGGUGCUGCUGCGUGAGCUGACUAAACCCGGACAUUUAGAAGCUCUGGAUCUUAGCCUACCACCUCCAGGUUUAGCCUCCUUCCAUGAUCUCUACUCGGCUCUGCUGGCUCAGUACGAGGCCGUGUCCUUUGGCGAUUCGCUCUUUGGCUGCUUCAUACUGUUGCCACUGCAGAGGCGAUACAGCGUAUCGAUGAGAUUGGCCGUGUUCGGCGAGCAUGUCUCCAUUCUGCGCUCACUAGGGGUCUCGCUAGAGCAGUUACCCAUUGCUCUAGAGAAGUUUACUUCCCCUGCUGAAGACUCUCUGCCUUUGCUGCGGCUGUAUUUCCGAGCUUUGGUAACCAGAGCCCUGAGGAGGACCUGGUGCCCUGUGCUGUACGCUGUAGCUGUUGCUCACCUCAACACCUUUAUUUUCUCCCAAGACACUGUGCCACAGGACGUGGAGACUACUCGGCGGGGUCUGCUGAGAAAGACAUACUACCUGACAGAUGAGGUGUUGAGGAGCCACCUGCUGCUUUUCCGUCUACCCCAGCAGCACAGUGAGCUAGGCUUCAGCACUUACGAGCAGCUGCCGCCUAUUCGUGCCUCCUGGCUUCGGAGCAUAAUAGAAACCAAGGAAGGAAAUGACUGAGACAGAUGAGUUUAGUUCUGUGGAGCGAAUCCACAGCCUUUAAAGAUGCUGUGAAAAACCCAGACUGAACUUUGCGUAUUGUGAGAACAUUUCGAUGUUCUUUACAACUAGAAUUUCAGGUUUCAACUGCAGGUCAGAUUUCUCUCUUAUAAAGGUUGAUGGUCUCCGUGGUAUCACAUAUUAAGAUUGAUUUAUAUUCGCAUUGAUUGUUUGAGGCUGGAGUCGUUCUAGAGAGAAAUAAGUGAUACUGAGCCGAAGCAAGAAAUGAGGAAUCUCCCUGACUGACUUUGAUUAAGGGCAGAGUGGAAAAUUUAGCUUAUACAGCACUAAUGCCAAAAUCUGUUGGAGAGGCAUGACUGACAUGUUUUUCUUAUCCCUAUACUUGGCUUUCUGUGAGCCAAACACCACAGUAACUUUAUUUGCUGAACUAAAAAUGUAGACUAGACCUUCGCCUAUAUAUAACGAAUUUGUCACAAUAAAGAGACAGGUGGUAGCCAUUAAUUUUAAUGCUAUUCUGAUCAUGUUCUGUUCACAUGUGUUGUUUUUUUUUUCUUCCACAUGCUGAAUUUUGUAGGGUUGUGUUUGUCAUCAUCAUGGCUGGGAUUCCACUGAUUUACACCGUUGUCAAUUUUUUUCUUAAUAUGUUCCUAACAUCUUUUAUGAACAGUAAGCCAAGUUAAAGAACACGUAUGGUAUAUGACUUUUCUGUACAGAACUGUAAGUAGCCAUAAUUUAUACCAGUGACUAUUUGCUUUACUGCAAAAACAUUCACAUUUAAUUCAUUGAUUGAUUGAUUGACUUUGAAUUUCUCAUGAUGUACAUUAGAUAUUACUCCUGCAGCUACUUUAUGAAACAUAUUAAUAGCUUCUUUCUUUUUUCAGUGUACUUUCAUCUGUAAAAAAACAAAACAAAAACAGAUAUGUAAAUCAUAACAAGGUUUUUAGCUCAUCUAUUACUAUCCCAUGCAUUUGUGCCUGGAAAGUUUUGUGUUUUUAUACAUUUUUUUAUUCAGAUGGGAUAACAGUGUUGUAGCUUUUCUGUUUUGGAAACUGGUGGGUUUACUAUUAUUAUUAUUUAAUAAUAUUUAUUAUUGUCACUGUUAUAGUUCUCCAGGAAUCCUGUUUUAUGCUCGCCAGUAAGAAACAAGUCCUGAGAGCGAUGCUAAUUAUAAAUUGCUUAGUCACCAUCAAUUCAACAUCAUCGUGUAGAGCCUCAAAGUUUCUUGUUAUUUUAUGUGGAGACAUAACUGUAAAAAAAAUUCAAGAAAAUAUUUGUUUUUCCUCUCUUU